GGGGGAAACAUGGCUACAUUAGCCAACUUCACACAGACACUGGAGGACAUCUUCACAAAGAUCUUUGUCACUUACAUGGACAACUGGAGGCAGAACACAACAGCAGAGGAGCAGGCGCUUCAGGCCAAAGUCGACGCCGAGAACUUCUACUACGUCAUCCUGUACCUCAUGGUGAUGAUCGGCAUGUUCUCCUUCAUCGUGGUGGCCAUCCUGGUGAGCACGGUGAAGUCAAAGCGGCAAGAGCAUUCCCAGGACCCCUACCACCAGUACAUCGUGGAGGAUUGGCAGGAAAAGUACAAAAGUCAGAUCUUGCAUCUGGAAGAAUCCAAGGCCACCAUCCAUGAGAACAUGGGGGCCACAGGGUUCACAGCGUCACCCUGAUAAAUGACGGGCAUACAUCCGGCUAUGAAAGGGUUGCCCCUGCCACCUAGCAAGUCAGUUCCUCUCUGAGCUGAAACCUUUCUCAGUGAUGGCCUGGCUGACCAGUUGACACGUGACAUCUCUAUCUCAAUGAUUUUUACAUGAGCCCAUCGGAGUGAUACUUUGUGUUGAAGAUCUCCUUUUU